CCUGGAUCUUCGGAAAUCUACUACAAUUUCCUUUGUCUUUGAGGAGUUCAGCAGGAGGCAGUUUUUGUGACUCCAGUCACUGAAGGCUGGGUGUAUAAGUGCUUUGAAACAUAUGUAUUGACAUAUUUGAGCCUAAUUCAAUCACUCAAAGCUGUUCUGGGAAGUAAUGAUGCCCUGCUCAGGUUUCUCUCCAGCUUGACAUCCAGUCACUUUUAGCCACUAGUCGGCCUCCCGGAGCGGAGCAGCCAUACUGUCCGGCCCAGCCUUGCUUUCUGUGGGAAGUAGCAGGCAUUCAGAGAGGAUGCUGAGGCCUGCCAGUCCCGUUACACAUCCAUUAUUGACCCGGGGCUGUUAGGCUGGUCCGGGCUAUGGCUGCACCUAUAGCACAUUUCGACGAAGACUGGCCUAUCUUCAGUGAUCUUAGCAUGGUGGCGGACCAGAAAGGCCGAGCAGCCGUCUGCACCGCGGCGGGAGAGGAGGCAGCAGCAGCAGCCCUGCAGCUCCUCCAGGGCGAGGGGGAUGAUGAUGAGGAUGAUAUCCCCGAGCUGCACGACGGCAGCUACUCUCCAGGGGGAACCGGUGUUUUCAGGUCCAUGGAGGAUUUAGUGAAUGAUUUUGACGAGAAGCUUUCCGUGUGCUUUCAAAAUUUUGAUGCAAAGACAGACAGCAUCGCUCCUGUGAGUGUUAUCGGCGAGGACACCCUGCUGGAGAAAGACGAAAUAUGGAACACUCUGACCAGCAACUAUGGCCAUGUGAUGCCGGUGGAUUGGAAAAAGUCUCGAACAUGCUCCCUCCACAUCCCUACAUUCAACCUGAAGGAAAAACCUAACAAGACUGAUGUGACAGCAGAGCUGUCUGAUGAUGAGGAGCUGAGGGAGCAGCUGGACAUGCACUCCAUCAUUGUCUCCUCCCUCGCAGAGGAGCCGCUCUUCACAGCAGAGCAGGUAAUCGAGGAGAUAGAGGAGAUGAUGCAGGACUCUCCUGAAACGGAGGCAGCACACAAUCCAUCUCAGUCGGACCUCUCGAUGCUCUCUUUAGACGUCCAUCGAGCCACCAGCAGCCCCAGCUUUGAGAAAAGGGUCAGGACCCUGAGCGUUGCUGAGCUGAAUGAGCGACUGGAGGAGACGGAGGUGAACAUCAGGAGGUUCUCUGAGGAGCUGGUGCAGCAGCUGGCCCUCAGAGACGAGCUGGACUUUGAGAAGGAGGUAAAGAACAGCUUCAUCUCAGCACUCAUCGACGUACAAAACCGACAGAAGGAGCACCGAGAGCUGCUGAAGAAGAAGAAGAAGCUUAAAGGUGGAGCAGGGACAUCACAGAGUCAGGCGGAGAAGACGGUUGGAUCACGCUUCAGCAUGGAGGGACUCUCCUCGGUCAUUCAGAAUAGCUUCAGACAAACUUUUGGUAGCAGUUGCAAUGAAAAACAGUAUCUGACGACAGUCAUUCCAUAUGAGAAGAAAGGGCAUCCCCCAUCUCUUGAAGACCUUCAGAUCCUCACCAAAAUUUUACAUGCGAUGAGAGACGACAGUGAGAAGGUGCCCAGCCUCUUAACAGACUACAUUCUCAAAGUGCUUUGCCCAACAUAAAGCAGAGGGACACUGCCUGCCUUACGCUCUGCAGAGGCUUCAGAUCAACACGACGAACAGAUCGAGAAGAGGCAUUGUGGGUUUUUUUGGCCGACCAUGAAGCACACUUAAUUUAUUCCUGCAUGAUUUUACCUCAAGAUGUGUCUUCUUUUUGUGUCAUUCUCUCCUUUAAGUUGUAUUUAUUUUGUGUUCAGCCUUGUGGUUUUGAAACCUUGUGUGCUUCUGUGAAGUUUGACUUUUUCUAGUGUUUUAAAUCUCCUUGCACUCCACAGUACAGGGUGUCCUUGACAAUAUAAAGUAUGUAAGAAAUAUACCCAGAUAGACAAACCGGCACAGGAGCUGCUGUGUUUGGUUUUUCUCUCUAGGUUUCAAAUGAGAGCAGAGCUGCAACGCAAAGGGCUUUGUAUCAUCUGAAAUGCUCAAGUAUUCCCUGAGCAAUAACAAACGCAAUGAGCACGUAGUACACAGAAGUCGCAAUAACAGAGUUUAAAAAUGAAAAUAAGAAAUGUAAACUGAAGUGUUAAUUAAGAUUUUACAGACUAUUGUUCCUGAGGGGGAAAUUAAGUAUUACAUCCUGUAAGACAGAUCAGAGAAGCACAUGAUGCAAAAGCAGAGAAAAGUAUGUAAUGACAAAUGGAAUAAUUAGUUUGACCAUUACGAUAAACAUAAUAUUUUAACAUCACUCAAUUCAACACAGCCUUCCAUAAAGCAGCAUUAAGUGUGCUGACUGAUUUAAUCUCAGCAGAACACAACAUACAUUAUAAUACGAUACAUGUAUUACACAUUAUUAUUAUUCUGUGGAAGAUGACGUGUUGAUAGUAAAGCUAAUGAAGUCUAACUAUGCAUUCAGUAAACACUAAAUUAUGUCCCCUGCACUGUCUGAACUUUUGUGACGCUGAGCUCUGAAUCAGAGACUCUGAGCGUCUACGUGCCUGCUGUGCACAGGGCAGCGUUUGUAUGCCACGACUGGGCGUUUUUAUUAUUCUGUAUGUCUUCUUGUAUGUUAAACGAGCUGCCUUUGCCUUUGCCUGAACUUUUGUACAUUAUAAAUGACUUAUUUUAAAUGAAUGUCAAAGUGCUGGAUUACUUACAGAGCCUGCUUCAUUGUUAAUUUAUUUUGUAAAUAUGUUAUUUCAAAUAUAUUGUCAAGAAAUCAAA